AUGAAACUCAACUUGUCUCGUCCUGUAAAAACAUCUCCGGGUGAUUGUAUGACGUCACAUAUGAAAGCCAAUACGAACUGCUCGUUUUCAUGCCCACAGGGAUACCAGCUUCUAGGUUUGCCCUUUACACUGUGUGGGUCAAACGGCGAGUGGACAAACAGUGCCAAGUCAGUUUCGUGCAAAGGUGAGCUCUCGCGCUUUUCUCUCUUGUCUUGGGAUGCGCUAAGGCUCCUUAGAGACAAAUAUGCCAAAUUCCAUGACAUGAACGUAUUCAUGAACUAAAAACUAUAAAUAGUUAAUAGAUCUUCUAUCUAAAGAAGAGAAAGUACUCUUAACUAAAGUAAGGAAAGAGAAUGUCAGCGAGUUGAGUCGUUAGGGAACAAGACUUGUAUUCUGGUGGUCUCGGGUUUAAGCCCUCCACCCUGCUACAAUGGAUUUUUUCUCGAUGGUCCGGAUUGCAAGUCGUUGGCUGCCCUUUCUAUUUGGCCAACUGGUCUGCCAGUUGGGGUUUUCGAUCGGUAGUUAACAACAUUUAAAUUUGUUCAUAUAGGCCCUGAAAAGCCCUCUUGGGGAAUGGUCAACCAGGCACAAACACACCCACACCCACACCCUCACACAUAUAUAGAUGAUUCCACAUGUGUGAGAUCACUUGGGGUGGCUAUAUGGCCUUACCUCCAUCCUAGCAUCAGCACUGCACUGAUGAGGCCCAGAAGGCCGAAACAGUACUGUCUGCAGUUAGUUAUAUAUUUAUAUAUAUAUAUAUAUAUAUAUAUAUAUAUAUAUAUAUAUAUACAAGAGCUCAUCUAAUAAUUAUGGCAGAUUCAGCCAAAUUUCAGCCAGUACCAGGCAGUUCUUUAUGAGAGAAGUUUCUUUAGAUCAAGCUUAACUUUACCAAAUAGAUGUGUGUUAUCAUCCGUUUUAUUUUUUUACCCACCUUUUCGACAGAUGUUAACGAGUGCGCUGUGUCAAAUGGUGGCUGCAGUCACAAGUGCGUCAAUACUGCAGGAGGCUACAAAUGUGAAUGUCCAGACCCAGAGCUAAGCUUAUCAUCAGAUAACAAAACAUGCCAUGGUUAGUAUACUGUCUUGAUAACAAAUAGGCACUCCUUCUUUUAUUCUUUGUCUUACUUUCCUUUUUUUAUUUUUUUUUUUCACCCUGAUGUUUAGCUGUUGUUUUUUUUAUUAAAGUUCACAUGGCAACCAAUGUUUGUUUGGUAAUUAAUUCCGCUAUUCUUUCCUUUUUUAUCCCCAAAAGCGAUAGUGGUCGGCGAACGGAAUCGUGCAAGUAACGAACACAUUUAAGGGUCAGGCAUCUAACGGUUUUCAGAAGUGACUUUUUUUCUUCACCCUAUUGAGAAAAUUAUCGCCCGAAUUUUAAAUUUUUGAGCAAAUUUGGAUGGUCUUUAACUCAUUGACCCAUGCCAUCACAGGUUAAAAAGUAGAAUGAAAAGCUCACAUCCAUCAUAAAGAGAUAAGGUGGGUGAGUAAAUUUCGAGUUUGUUUUUUCCCAUUUCAAGAAAAAAAAUUUUGUUUCAGCUCCAGGGGUUGACGUCGAGUGCAACAGCAACAACAUGACCAUCGUCAUCCCCAAGUCCCUCCUCCGCGGUCUCGACCGUGAGCAUCUUCGACUCCUGGACACGACCUGUAGAGCUAGAGAAACCAACACUCAUUUUUUCCUAACGACUCCACUGAAUGGCUGUAACACGACACGCAGGUUUACACCUACAGCUAUCGUCUACUCCAACGCUGUGUUGGAAAUCCCUGUGGCUGCCAAGGGCGUAAUAACACGCGUACGUGAAAUAGAAAUACCAUUCAGCUGCUACUUAUCCAAGUACGGCGUGGUAUCAUCCGUUGCCAGUUGGAAGCCAAGUAACAGAAAACUCGUGUUCAGUGAUGAAGGCAAAGGAAACUUCACACUUUCUCUGAAUAUGUUCCCUGACAACAGAUUCGUGAGUCCUUACAUGAAAGACGACUUCCCUAUUGGUGUGGUGCUGCGCGAACGUCUGUUUUUUGAAGUGUUAGUCACCUCUGAUGACAAGCAGCUGUCAAUAAUUGCUGACAGAUGCUUCGCAACCCCUACCCAGGAUCAGUCCAACCCCUUAAAGUACGGGUUUAUAAAGAAAGGGUAUGUUAUAGGUUAUGGUAUCUCAUUUCAUGGCUUUAUUACAUAAGUGGUCAUCAAAAUCACAAGAAUUGAGAGCUGUGGGCGAGUACAUUAUCUUCUAGGUUUUAUGAAGUACUGUGACUGGAGACCUGUCCUUACCUCCUUCAAAAACUUGACAUUUUAUUUUCCUCAAACCUGUCUUUUAGAUGCCCCAAUGACGUAACUGUGCAAUACCAUUCUUCGCCAUCAGUCAGUGCUCAGCGGUUUAGCCUUGAGGCCUUUAAGUUUAUUGCAGGUCAUCCGUUUGUGUUUGUCCACUGCCACGUGACUGUAUGUAACGCAACCGAUCCAGACUCUCAGUGCGUACAGAAAUGUCCUUCAAGUGGCCGAGGAAAACGGGCGGCAGGUGGUCAAAUGACUGACACGUACUUUUUGGCAGAGGGUCCUCUUCAUCUAGCUCGUAACAAACGCGAGGAAAAGCGCGCAAAUAACUACAGAACAAAUGGUAUGUAACACAAAGAUAAAGUGCAAAAGUUGUUACUUAUAUUACCUUUCAGUUUUAGAUAUCUCUAUAAUAUAUCAAAAAUUUCACGAUGCUCGUUUGUAACAUACAACUAAAUGAAUAUUAAUUAUAACCAGCGUACAAGCAAUAAUUUUAGGACGUAAAGAAGUUUUUUUCUGGACGACUCGAACUCUUUACUAAACAUGAAAAUUGCCAGUGAUUUCUUAAAUAAAUGCUACAAACGUACUACAACUAAUUAGAACAAUGGAAAUCACACAAGAAAUAACAGAGGAAAUACGAGACAAACGAUGAAAUAGGACGAUUCGGGAAUACGGCGAAACAGCAUUAAGAACUUAACGUUACUUGACAUCACUUGUGAAUUGGACCAAACACUUUGUCAUUUGCCUAACCGUGCGAAUGUCAAACUAUUUUAGGAUAGCCGCUAUUUAUUAUUUAACUAUAUAUUUAACUAUUUAUGGAUAGCUGGGACUCGGCGGGGGAUUGGUUUCUACAGAAAUAUAUUUUAAAACCUUGAGGCCUCUUUUCAACCUUUUUCGAUUUUGCACGACUAAAGUUGUCACAACUUUAAAAGCAGAACGCAUUGGACUAAGUUGUAGAGUGAAAAUCAGCCUUCAGAUGGUUUCCAAAAUGGCAUACUGAUACUUAACUGAUUUCUUCAAUUUGUGCUGAAGCAGUAACAUAAAAACCUAUUAUUAUUUCCCUCUUAGCCUGACAACAAGGCCUCCAGCUACGAGUUGCGAAAGAGUACCUCAAAAUUGUCUCUGAUCUUUCUCGACGUGUUGAUUCAUCGAUUAUUCUAGCUCUUUUUUGUGGCUCGCGUCGCCCAUUAACCAAAAAGUUAAGUUAGGUAACCUUGUCAUAUGCGCAUAAUUUAUGCCCUCAGUCUCCCCAUUAGGUUCCGGUUCUUCCCUUCUGAUGACUCUCCUUGUGAUUUGCGCCGCUUCAUUGGUGGGUACCGCGCUGAUGAUCUUCAAGAAGUCACGUGACAAACCUGCUGGUUACACUUUGCUUGCAUUUGGAGAUCAGCAACACAACUAGCGAAGCGUUACAAAAAAUGACUGGAAUUGACAUUUUUUUUUGUUUUAUGGGAGCGGAUUUUCAAGUGUGUUUAAACUAGGGGGGGGGUGCGUUACUUUUUCGUGUCAACAUUUUUAGACCUGUGUAUCGACUUAAGGGGAGAUAUUUCAUAGAAAUGUGGUCAUCGUGUUGAAGGAAAACUCAGUUAAAAGCCACGACUGGUCCACAAGGAAUGUUAUAUUAUGUCAUGG